CCGACCAUGUCCUCGUCGCUCCUCAGGCAGGCCUCCAGCGCCACACGCGCCAUCUCGCGCUCUUGCGCUUUCUCCACCUCAUCCGUAGUCCGCAAGGACCUCGUUCAGGACAUGUACAUCAGGGAGCUCAAGUCGUACAAGCCUACGCCUCCGGCUAAGGACGCCCACGUUGGUGCUAUCAAGGCGUACUCGCUCCCGCCCAAGCCCCAAGCCCCUGCGCUCCCCACUGACCUCGCGUCUGAGCUCGCUGCAUACGAUGCCACUGAGCCCACCAAGGCUGAUACCAAGGCCGCUGCUGAGCCUGUUGCGGAGACCAAGAACGAAGCUGAGGCGUUCCUCGAGUUCUGCGAGCGCGAACCCAACCAGGACCACCACGCACACCAUUAAUCCGUGCCCAUUCGUAUUAGACCGGGACGUGCGUAUAAAAUAAUAUGGAUUCACUAGAGCUAUGUGCCGUACUUUACGCCCCGCGGAGCACAACCGGUUUCGCGUGCGCGUACCCGAUUGUAUGCCUGGCUGUGUCCUGGCCGUGUUUAUAUGCACCAGUACGCUAUCAAGCUCAUAUUCUAGACUUGGGGAGAAUGAUUAUA